AUAUAAAAGAAAUACAAGCAGCUGUAAAUACAGAUAUUUUUCUCAAGGUCGAAGAGUACUUUUAAUUUUAAAUAAUCUCAUUAUUUUUCACUUAUCACCGUCAGUCUUAUCUCAUAAUAUGUCCAGUGAAAUUUCUACCAGAGAGAUUCAAAAGUCAGAACUUGUGUUCAGAUUGUAACGAUCACAUAUAUAGUCUGUGUUUAACCUACUAAACAGGAGAGCCGUUUUCACUAAAAAAGAAUAAGAACUGAAAUAUCUCAAGAUGCGAUUUCUAUUGUUAUUAUUCAUUGUAUUGAGCAUUUUGAGUAUCAGUAAGGCAUGGCGUACUUUUUUGAGAGGUCGGAGUAAAGGUGGCAAUUUAGGCAAGCCAAUUUUAUCCUCCAAAAAACCUCUUCCUAAGGAUCAGUGGUUUACGCAGUAUCUGGAUCAUUUCAAUCCAACUGAUGCUCAUGUUUGGAAGCAGAGAUUCUUUGUUAAUUCUGAUUUUUAUAAACCCAAUGGCCCAAUAUUUUUAUUGAUUGGAGCUGAAGGCAUAGCAGAUCCAAAAUGGAUGGUAGAAGGUCAAUGGAUUGAGUAUGCCAAAGAAUUUGGAGCAAUGUGUUUCUAUGUAGAGCAUCGUUUUUAUGGGAAAAGCCACCCCACUUCGGAUCUUAGUGUUAAGAACUUAGUGUAUUUAAGCUCGCAACAGGCACUAGCGGAUUUAGCGUACUUCAUCAAGAAUGUUAAUAGCGGAUACAAAUUUUCAAAUAAUACGAAAUGGAUUGUAUUUGGAGGAUCGUAUGGUGGAUCUUUAGCUGCUUGGAUGCGUGCCAAAUAUCCUCAUCUGGUCCAUGGAGCUGUAUCUGCUAGUGGACCAUUGCUAGCACAGAUUGACUUUGAGGAAUAUUAUAUUGUUGUUACAAAUGCUUUGAAAGGAUAUUCUGACAAAUGUGUUAACGUGAUUCAAGAUGCUAACUUACAAAUCGGUACAUUGUUACAUCACAUUGUUGGCCAACAGCAAAUACAGAAAAAAUUUAACUUGUGUGAUCCAAUUGAUCCUGGGCAUACAAAAAGAGUGGAUAUUGCGAAUUUGUAUGAAACAUUGGCGAGUAACUUUGCUGGUGUUGUGCAAUACAAUAAGGACAAUCGCCAGAGUUCUCAAACCGCUAAUAUCACUAUCGAAACCGUGUGUGAUAUACUAGUAGAUGAAAAAAUAGGAAAAUCUAUUGAUAGACUUGCUUACAUAAGCAAUAUGAUAUUGAACGCUACCAAGGAAAAGUGUUUAGAUUAUAGAUAUGAUAAAAUGGUCCAUGAGCUCAGAAAUGUUACUUGGGCCAGUGAGCAAGCGGAAGGAGGACGUCAAUGGAUGUAUCAGACUUGUACGGAAUUUGGAUUUUUCCAAACCUCUACUGGACAAAGUAAUGUGUAUGGGAAUAAUUUUCCGGUAGAAUUUUUUGCACAACAAUGUGUUGAUAUUUUCGGACCUAGAUACAACAUGAAUUUAUUAAACUCUGCUGUUGCACGAACGAAUAUCUUGUAUGGUGCAUUAAAUCUGCAAGUAACAAAUGUAGUAUUUGUACACGGUUCUAUUGAUCCUUGGCAUAUACUAGGCAUCAUACAAUCUUCCAACCCACAGGCGCCUGCCAUCUAUAUCAAAGGCACUGCGCAUUGUGCAGAUAUGUAUCCUUCAUCGGAACAUGAUAUGCCUCAGCUAAAAGAAGCUAGAAUACAGAUAAAAGGUCUAAUCAAGCAAUGGCUACAAAAUUGAGCUCUCUAUGUGAUAUUAUAUAAAUCAUAUCAUAAAUGUUCAUUUAAAAAAUACCAAUUUA